AUGCCUCCGACUCGGAACCUCCGCGCACGAGGCACCAUGAACGAAAAUGAUGAGAACGGUCCGUCAACGCGUGUGACGCGAGCCAAAGCCGCUGCCCUGACAACUGAUGUUCCUGCUUCCACCGGCGCCAUUAAAAAGCCUCUUCAGGCAAAGAAAGCCGCUACUGGCGUCAACGGAACGCAAAGGAAACGUGCUGCUCUUGGUGAUGUGAGUAACGUGGGGAAGGCCGAUAAUGGUGAAGCCAAAGACACAAAGAAGUCCAGCUCGACAAAAGCUGGCCUGACGUCAAAGGCCACCCUGAAAUCUGGAGGAGUCCAAAAACUCAGCCAACACAACUCGUCACGCACCGCUCUUGGAGCCAAGGACAACAAUGCAAAGAAGCCGGCCCCCGAGGUCAAGCGUCCUGGAAGUGGAUCGGGUAUGGGGAGCGCAAUGAAGCGAACGUCAAGCCAGAAGUCGCUCCAAGAAAAAACGCUACAGGCGGAAGAGCCACCACGCAAGAAAGUCGAGAUUGAAAAGGCUGUCGAGGCAAAGGCACAGGCCAGCCAAAAGAAAGAGGUGAAAGCGAAGCUCGAGGUGGAAGAAGAAGAGGAACAAAAUGUCGUUGCUGAUCUGGACACGGAGGACCUGGACGAUCCCCUAAUGGCCGCAGAAUAUGUGGUUGAGAUUUUCGAUUACCUUCGCGACUUGGAAAUGGAGACACUACCCAACCCUCACUACAUCGACCACCAGCCCGAUCUCGAGUGGAAAAUGCGCGGAAUUCUUGUCGACUGGCUCAUUGAGGUCCACACUCGCUUUCGCCUUCUGCCAGAGACCCUUUUUCUUGCCGUCAACCUCAUUGAUCGAUUCCUCUCUGCCGAAGUCGUGGCCUUGGACCGUCUGCAGUUGGUUGGUGUUGCUGCCAUGUUCAUUGCUUCCAAGUACGAAGAGGUUCUCUCCCCUCACGUUGCCAACUUCAGUCAUGUUGCGGACGAGACCUUUACCGAUAGAGAGAUCUUGGAUGCCGAACGCCACAUCUUGGCCACCCUUGAGUACAACAUGAGUUAUCCCAACCCGAUGAACUUCCUCCGACGAAUCUCAAAGGCAGACAACUACGAUAUUCAGACCCGCACCCUCGGAAAAUACUUGAUGGAAAUCAGCCUUCUCGAUCACCGGUUCCUAGGUUACCCCCAAAGCCAAGUCGGUGCAGCAGCGAUGUACUUGGCUCGUCUCAUCCUGGAAAGAGGCCCCUGGGACGCCACCCUCGCUCACUACGCCGGUUAUACCGAAGAAGAGAUCGAUCCUGUUUUCCGGUUAAUGGUUGAUUACCUUCACCGGCCCGUGUGCCACGAGGCGUUCUUCAAGAAGUAUGCCAGCAAGAAAUUCCUCAAAGCAUCCAUCAUGACACGACAAUGGGCCAAGAAAUACCACCGACUCUAUAUUGAGAGCGCGCUUACAGAACCGUACAACUCCAUCAAAGAUUCGGACGAGUAG